CGUCACUUUUCACCAGUACUAUUUCUGGAGAUGAUAGCGUAAGUGUGACAAAGGGUUACAAAGGAAUGUAAAUAAACGGCUUAAAAUAGUUUUAGCCUUUGGAUGCCAUCACUGUGGUUUGCCACAGAUGUUGGAGACUGCGGUCUGGACUAAGAGGACCAUGCAGUCCCCUGUACUGUUGUUCCUGGUGUCGGCCCUAGCCGGGAUGACCGCCGCCCGGCCGCCCGACGUGUGCCCUGCGCCGUGCGAGUGCCGCGGCAGCUCAGUGUACUGCAUGUGGGCGGGGCUAACCUCCGUCCCGAGCGGCAUCCCACCGGGAACCACCAUCCUCAGGCUCAACAAUAACCAGAUCUCAAAUCUUCCUCCAGACGCCUUUGCCAACUUGAAAAACCUCCGUGGGCUCGACUUGUCCAGAAACAAGUUAACCAACGUGUCAGCCGAGGUCUUCCGACCGCUAGCCAACUUAGAAUGGCUCUACCUUUCCAACAACGAGAUACAACACAUCGCUCCAAACGCGUUCGAGAAACAAAAGCAUCUCAAAGACCUUUUUCUUCAAGCCAACCACUUGAUGGAAAUCCCCGACGGAGCUCUUCAAUCUUUGCGAAGUUUGACGUUGUUGGAUCUAAGCGAAAAUGGAAUCAAAAAUCUGACAGACAACGCGUUCUCUGGACUAGUUCGUCUGCAAACGUUGUACCUCAGCGCUAACUGUUUCUCUCACAUCGACCACGACGCUUUCGCUAGCGUGGCAAAUUUGGAAAAGCUUUACAUCAACAAGGCCUGUCUAACGUCCGUCCCGACUCCGGCAUUCAGGAAUCUCAAGACUCUACUGAUACUAGAACUAGGCGUGAACGACAUAAGGGUUCUCGGCGAGAAGUCUUUCUUCGGUAUGGGGAGGUUGAAGAGACUGAGACUUAGCAACAACAAGAUAGCGCUGAUUUCGGCUAGGGCAUUUGAAGGCCUUGAGGAGCUGCGAUAUCUGGACUUGAAAGCGAACCGUGUGAGUGAGCUACUUGACGGAACGUUCGGAGCCACUCCAAACUUGGAGGAGCUUUAUCUGUGUAUGAAUAACAUCACAACAGUGAAGGAGAACGCUUUUGAGAAUGUACCGCGUCUGCAGAUGCUCAAGCUAGACGAUAACGCCAUAGCCACAUUCCCUGCGUCUGCGGUAGCCCCGCUAUCUAAUCUCCAAGCUUUCGACAUCUCCGGAAAUCCGCUCAACUGCGACUGCUUCUUGCGACCGCUGCGAAAAUGGCUCGAUGGCGCGCGGGCUAUAGCUAAGCUCGCCACGAGGGAACAGACACUCUGCGCGGCUCCAGAGAAAUUCCUCGGUGCCAGGGUGGACGUGAUCCCGCCGGUGAACUUCACGUGUCCCGGUGGAGACCCUCCGGGAUACCACAUACCCCCAAAAGGUCCCUCGACUCCGCCCACUCGACGCAUGACGUCAUCACCUCCCCGUGACGUCAACCACCAAUGGGAAACCAUUUUGGGGAUUUCCCGUUCAUCUAUGGAGUUGGACAACCUCUCAGGCAUACAGGCAGAGGAGAGCAAAGAGCUAGGGCUGGAACUGGGGGAAGAAAUGAAGACACAGGUGGAUGGAGUGAAGGAGAGACUGGACGCCGUUCUGGAAAAGCUGACCGCCCUGGAAGACACCGUGGCCGCCUGUGCGCACACCGGCAGGACCUUGGUGCUGAAGGGCCUUCGGAUCGAGUUCGACGGAGAAGCCCCAGUAAACUGAUUCUAAACUAGAAAGGUAAC